GCCCCGCUCCGCAGCCGGGAUUCAGGAGCGCGGCUGCGCCGGCGGCGUGGCGGGGGCGCAUGGGUGCGUGCGGAGCUUACGCCGGUGGCGUAGCGCUGGGGCUGGCUGGCCGCGGCCCGCGGAGUGCUGAGGGGAGGCGAGAGGCGGCGUGAGGAGAAGCCGGGCCGGGGGCGCCGCCAUGGGGAGGAGGCCGCGGGGCAGCGGCAGCGCGGCCCAGCGCUGAGGGCCCGUGGAGCUGGCAGAGCGAGGAGCGGCGCUGGGGGCAGCCUCCCCGCGGGAUGUGCUGCGCACCGAGGGCCUGCCAGUGACGGACGAUGACAAUCCCGGCGGGACCUUGGCGAGCACUGACACUUCACUAGCCCAGCGCCCGCCCGCGGCUGGCCACUGCUCCCUCCCUGCUCCGGACGCCUCCUCCUCCCGGUGAUGAGCUGUUGACCAAGGAGGAUCCUGCUCCUUUCUGCUCCUCGACCCCCUCGACUUUCCGGCGGCUCCUGGGGUUGUAUGGCAGCGGCGUAACCGUGGAGAGGCCAGGGUACCACAAACUGAUGGAUUUUGAUAAGAGAGGAGGGAAAGGGGAGCUGGAGGAAGGCAAAAGGAUGUCCAAGACGGGUGGAGGAAGGAGCAGCCAUGGAAGUCGAAGCGCUGGAACCAACUCGGGGGUGCUGAUGGUUGGUCCUAACUUCCGCGUGGGCAAGAAGAUUGGGUGUGGCAACUUCGGGGAGCUGCGGCUGGGGAAGAACCUCUACACCAACGAGUACGUAGCUAUCAAACUGGAGCCCAUCAAGUCCCGAGCCCCCCAGCUGCACCUCGAGUACCGCUUCUACAAGCAGCUUGGCAAUGCAGAAGGAAUUCCUCAGGUUUACUACUUUGGCCCCUGUGGGAAGUACAAUGCCAUGGUGCUGGAGCUGCUGGGCCCCAGCCUGGAGGAUCUCUUUGAUCUGUGUGACCGAACCUUCACGCUCAAGACCGUCCUGAUGAUCGCGAUCCAGCUGAUCACCCGGAUGGAGUAUGUGCACACCAAGAGCCUCAUCUACAGGGACGUCAAGCCGGAGAACUUCCUGGUGGGGCGGCCUGGCAGCAAGCGGCAGCACAGCAUCCACAUCAUCGACUUCGGCCUGGCCAAGGAGUACAUCGACCCCGAGACCAAAAAACACAUCCCCUACCGAGAGCACAAGAGCCUGACGGGCACAGCUCGCUACAUGAGCAUCAACACCCACCUGGGCAAAGAACAAAGCCGCAGGGAUGACCUGGAGGCCCUUGGGCACAUGUUUAUGUACUUCCUCCGUGGGAGCCUCCCUUGGCAAGGCCUCAAGGCCGACACGCUGAAGGAGAGGUACCAGAAGAUCGGCGACACCAAACGAGCCACGCCGGUGGAGGUGCUCUGUGAGAACUUCCCAGAGGAGCUGGCCACGUACCUGCGCUACGUGCGGCGCCUCGACUUCUUCGAGAAGCCUGACUACGACUACCUGCGCAAGCUCUUCACCGACCUCUUCGAGCGCAGCGGCUACGUCUUCGACUACGAAUACGACUGGGCGGGGAAGCCCCUGCCCACCCCCAUCGGCACGAUGCACAGCGAGGUGCAGGUGCAGCCCCCGAACAGAGACAAAGCACAGCCACACGCCAAACACCAGCCGCCCGAGGGGACGGAGCUGUGGGAUCCUCAGGCCGGGGGGCAGCCUGCCGAGGAGCCUGUGGGAGCUCACCUGGCAGCCGGCAGGCUCGGGGGGUCCGUCCAGGUGAUGAGCUCCACCAACGGAGAGCUGAACACGGACGACCCCACGGCAGGACACUCGAACGCCCCCAUCACAGCCCCCACCGAGGUGGAGGUGACAGACGAUACAAAGUGCUGCUGCUUCUUCAAGAGAAGGAAGAGGAAAACCACAAAGCGUCGCAAGUGAGCCGCGGGCCCGGGCGGAGGCGUGCGACGGCUGCGCUCCCUCCGGCCGCGGAUGGAUCUUCACCUGCGGAGCCGGCGGCGGCCCCGGGCUUGGUGCGGGGCCGCGGGGAGGGGGCGCCGAGCCGGACGGGCUCCCCCCGCGCCCCAGGCGGGGAGCAGGGACUCCCCAAAACUGCUUUGUCCUUUCCUCUGCCACUCGCCCGUGGCUGUUGACUCGAACCAAGCCCAACCUCGCUGAGUUCCUGCGUCCGACACCAAGAGAAACAAACAAACAAAAACCAACGACAAAAACAAACAAAAAUUAAAGGAAUGGAAAAAAAAAAGACAAAAGAGGCAAGAAGCUGCCCCGGGCCCGCGGCCUGGCUCUGCUUCCCGGCUCCGACUGCCCCGGGGCACAGCUGCAGGCGCUGGCAACGGCGGCGGCGGCGGCGGCGGCGGCGGCGGAGGAGGAGGAGGAGGAGGAGGAGGAGGAGUUGAGGAAUUUACUUUUUUUUAAUCUUUUUUUCCCUUUUCUUUCUGUUGCUUCUUUUGUCUCUUAAGUUAAUUUAAAGUGAGUCUCGGUGCA